CGAAAAUAUCUUUCGGACAAGAUCAUCGCCCAUCAUGGUUCCAUCGAUCCAAUUUUUGCCCGAAGAUGAUACUUCGCCGCGCACGUCUUGUUCUCUCCCACCUGCACCAGAAGCACCGAAGACUGAAGAAAAUGCGUACAAUGACACCAUCCAUAAGCUAAACCUGCUGGAUACCAACUUUGCGUACCGGCAACGAGCCAUCAAGACCCAUGACUGGGAUGCCUUUAUCCAAGACAUGCUGCGGUGGUGUCGUGCAGCGGGAUAUGAGAGUCCCGAUUUCGAUCCCCUGAACGCGGUGCAUAUUGCCGGAAGUAAAGGCAAGGGGUCCACCUCGGCGUUUAUCUUCUCGAUUUUGUCCGAGUACCAGAGUCAGGAGAGCCCUAUUCAGAAACUGGGUCUGUACACGUCUCCCCACUUGCGCACCGUGCGAGAACGCAUCCGCAUCAGCCCGUCCAACGACAUGCCUUUCCACCACACCCCACUGUCGGAGGAACAAUUUGUGAAGUAUUUCUCCGACGUAUGGGAACGACUAGGCCUGACAGAGGACUGCGCCAAGGGAGGUCCGCCAUUCGCCCGUUUUUUAACCCUGGUGGCCCUGCAUGGCUUCCUCCAAGAAAAGGUCGACACCGCCAUCGUCGAGGUGUGCCUCGGAGGCCGUCAUGACUCGACCAACGUGCUCCACCGUCCCAGUGUCUGCACAAUCACGAGCCUGGCCCUGGAACACACAGACCUACUGGGCGACACUAUCGAGGAGAUCGCCUGGGCCAAGGGCGGUAUCAUCAAGCCCGGUUGUCCAGUUUUCACGAUCCCCCAGGCCCCCGGAGCAACACGCACGCUGCAAAAGAUCGCCGCCGAGAAAGGCGCGGAGUUGACGAUCGUGCCUGUCCACCCGGAGGUGGCGAGCAUGGAGUUGGGUCUGGCCGGGGAGUUCCAGAAGAUCAACGCCAGUCUGGCCGUGGCCGUGGCGGCUAGUCAUCUGCGACACAUGGGCUAUUCUGAUAUCCCCGAGGACAUCACCUCCGCCCCUUUACCCGAGAAGUUCCACCGGGCACUCCGCAACGCCAGCUGGCCCGGUCGCUGCGAGACGCGGGAGUGCCGAUCGGGCCGAUUCCUACUCGAUGGAGCACAUACCGUCGAAAGCAUGGACCUGGUGGGUUCGUGGUUUGCCAAGAAGGCAGUGCAACACGAGUCCUCGAAGCGGGUUCUCAUCUUCAACCAGCAAACUCGCGAUGCCUUUACUCUGGUUCGACGCCUGCGGGACAGCAUUCGCCGGUCGGCGGUGGGUGCCGUUCACGAAGUACCCUUCCACCACGUCAUCUUCUGCACCAACAUCGCCUGGGAGAAGAAUGAGGCUGCCGAUAUGGAGCGCGUGUCGAUGAUUUUCACUGGCAACACUGGACCCGAGAACCUGACCCUGCAAACGCAGCUGAGCGACUACUGGCGCGGCAUUCCAGGAGAGGAGAUGACGGGUAUCACGGUCGUCCGCACGGUGGAGGAGGCGGUGCGAUGUGCCGGGGGGGUCGGAGGCAUCGCAGUACAGUCACCUCUCGUCUUGAUCACGGGGAGUCUGCACUUGAUUGGAAGUGCGUCGGAGGUGCUGGAGACUUUGGAGGAGGAGGGUCUCCACUUGUGAACCAGUGGGAGGUCUUUUGUUGAUUUCGGAUGUACACUAUCUUAUUAUCUAUGAUCGAU